CCAUGCUCUUAAAGAUUUGAGCGUUCAUCACUCAUAAAAAAAAAAAAAAAGGCCAGCCCGAUAAACAAACUUGAACAUUUUUCGUCCCUGAAAAACCCAAAUGAACUCUCUGCUUCGAUCCACUCGUUCCCUUGUCAAAGCGCAACGUCUCCUUCACACCAGCGCAUCGGCUCAUGAACGCAAACAGUUUCUGGUCGUUGUUCACGACUAUACUGAUGCUCAAGGGUUGGACCGUCGCAUGGCUGCUCGGGAUUUGCAUCUUCAGCAAGCCAAAGAAGCACAAGCCGAUGGAAGCCUAGUGUUGGGAGGAGCGCUUUUCAACUCUCACGAGCAAGGCAAGAUGAUUGGAAGUGCGCUUGUAUAUGAGGCCGAGUCCGAGGAAGAAGUGCGUCAGAUAAUUGCCAAAGAUCCAUACGUCAAGGGCAAAGUAUGGGAGAAAUGGGAUAUCUAUCCAUUCCGCAUGGCCAUUACGCCAUCCAAGUCAUGAAAAAAGAGCGGAUAGGCGGAGAUACAAAAAACCAACAGUGACAGUGACGCGUCUUUCCUUUCAAUUUUAUCUUACUUCCC